AUGACCGUUGAUGACGAGCACUCUGAUGGCUCAGUCAACGUUACACCUAAAGGCAGCCUCGACACUCACGCUCCUCUAUUGUCUUCGACUGAAGACGAUUCCGACCACAAUGAGGAUCCUUCCAUAAUCUCGAAUCAGUCGACUCGUCCUACUUCUCAGAGGCAGUCCUCCCUCUCCCAUCCACGCCCAGAUGGUACACCGCGAACUACAAAUAGGGUACGCUUCGAUUUGGUCGAAGGGCAAAAUGAGCCGCCUCCGGAAGAGUGGAUGGAAGAGGAGGACUAUCUCAGUUCUCCAAGUCAGCAUGCACCGCUGCUCACAGAUAUAACUCCGCCGGCCGAGUCACCAUUCUUGUCGGACUCCUUCCAGCCGGAGGAUUAUUUACCAGAUGCUCGACCCAAGAGUGGGAUGCGUAGUGCGUUCAUGAACAUGGCCAACUCCAUUAUUGGUGCGGGAAUCAUUGGUCAACCAUACGCCUUCCGGCAGGCAGGCCUUACAAUGGGAAUACUCCUCCUCGUCGGGCUUACAAUCACCGUGGAUUGGACUAUACGUUUGAUAGUGAUCAACAGCAAGUUGUCGGGCGCAGAUUCGUUCCAAGCGACCAUGCAACACUGCUUUGGUAACAGUGGGCUUAUUGCAAUAUCAAUUGCGCAGUGGGCAUUUGCAUUCGGUGGCAUGAUCGCUUUUUGCAUUAUCGUGGGCGAUACGAUACCACAUGUUCUGGAAGCUUUGAUUCCUGGGCUGAGAGAUGUUCCCUUUCUGUGGCUUCUAACUGACCGGAGGGCGGUUAUAAUCCUGUUCAUCCUGGGGAUCAGUUGGCCCUUGAGCUUGUAUCGAGACAUUGCAAAGCUUGCAAAAGCAUCGACACUGGCAUUGAUUAGUAUGCUCGUAAUUAUCGUAACUGUUGUUACACAGGGACCAUUUGUCGAUCCAGACCUGCGGGGCAACAUCAACGGAUUGUUUUUUAUCAACGACGGCUUCUUUCAAGCCGUUGGAGUUAUCUCAUUCGCGUUUGUCUGCCACCAUAAUUCUUUGCUUAUCUACGGCUCUUUGAAGACACCUACGCUAGAUCGAUUUGCGACCGUCACACACUAUAGCACUUUUAUCUCACUCGUUGCUUGUCUUGUCAUGGCGUUGGCAGGGUUUCUUGCUUUUGGUGACCGUACCAAGGGUAAUGUGUUGAACAACUUUCCGUCGCAAGGACAUUUCUUAAUUCAGAUCGCACGGUUGUGCUUCGGCCUCAACAUGCUCACCACCCUUCCUCUCGAGUGUUUUGUGUGCAGAGAGGUAAUGAACAACUAUUGGUUCCCUGAAGAACCGUACCAACCACACCGCCAUCUGAUCUUCAGCAGUGCUUUGGUUGUCAGUGCCAUGGCUCUUAGCCUCAUCACAUGUGAUUUGGGGGCGGUCUUCGAAUUGAUAGGGGCUACGAGUGCUUGUGCACUUGCCUACAUAUUACCGCCUUUAUGCUAUAUCAAGCUAAGCACGAGAAGCUGGAGGACUAUUCCUGCCGUCAUCUGUAUCAUAUUUGGUUUUGCUGUGAUGACAGUCAGCUUGGUGCUGGCUAUGAAGAAAAUGAUCAAAAACGAAGGAGAACCACACCAGUGUUGA